AUGGAUGUGUUACAAUUGUGGGUUAUGUUCAUUUUCCUUCUUGUGUUCUCUUCACUAGUUCAGGUUUCGAAUUCCCAAAACCUGACUUGCAAUUCGAACGAUCUCAAAGUACUAGAGAGUUUCUUGAUUAGGUUAGAUUCAGGGACUUUUAAUGAUUGGGGAAGCUCAAAUUCAACUUCUACAAACCGUAAUUGCUGUAAUUGGUUAGGAAUCACUUGUAAGUCAUCUUUUUCUCUUGGUUUUCUCAUCGAUCCUAUCGAUUCUGGUUGGGUUGUGAAAUUAGAACACUCAGGAAAGAGAUUGAUGGGCAUGCUCAACCAAACUAAUUUCACUGGUUUGGACCAACUCACAACCCUAAACCUCUCUAUCAAUUUCCUCGGAGGUUCUCUUCCUCCAUCUUUGUUUCAAUUGCCGAAUCUACAAGUCAUCGACCUUAGCAAAAACGAUUUCUCUAGUUCAAGUCCGAUGAAUUUCAACCUCCCUUUUCUCGAGAUCUUCAACAUUUCUAAUAAUUCAUUCCAGAGCUUGGUUCCUGUGGGGAUUUGUGUCAAUUCAACUCAAAUUCGGAUCAUUGAUUUUGCUGUGAAUUACUUCUAUGGUAGAAUUCCAUCUGGGUUUGGGAAUUGCAACUCAUUAGAACACCUCUGGCUUGGUGAAAAUUUUCUCGCCAGAGAUAUACCGGAGGAUAUUUUCCAGCUACCGAGAUUGAACCAAUUGGGUCUUCAGGAUAAUCGGUUUUCGGGAGAGCUCAGCAGUGGAAUUGGUAGUCUCUCUGAUCUUGUUGGUUUGGAUAUAUCAUUGAAUUCAUUUUCAGGGCCUAUCCCAGAUGUUUUUCAUAGAUUUUCAAAGUUACAAGAAUUUUAUACUGAAUCUAAUAAAUUUUUGGGUGGAAUUCCCAAUUCUUUGUCAAAUUCUAGGACCAUUACUUCACUUGUUUUGAGAAACAAAUCUUUGAAUGGUGUAAUUGAUCUGAAUUGUUUUGAAAUGACCCAUCUGGUUUCGCUUAGUUUAGCCACUGAUCAGUUCACUGGGCUAGUUCCUAAUAAUCUCCCCCUCUGUUCGAGCCUGAAAACAAUCGGUCUUUCGCAAAACAACUUUACCAGGCAAAUCCCAGAAAGCUUUAGGAAUUUUCAUGGUCUCUCUAGGCUUUCAAUAUCGAGUUCGAUCAUUUUUAACCUCUCAACUGCCCUUGAUAUCUUGCAGCAUUGCCAGAACUUGACUAUUUUGGCUCUUACUUUAGUUUUCAUGGUGAACAAUUGCUAUCCUUUCCUAGUCUAG